CAGGCGGCAGUGUGGAACGCCGAGUCUGUCCUGAGCAGAUACGGUGCUUUCGGAGGCCCGCGGAGAUCAGGGGCAGCUAAGGUGGACGCCUGCACGGCUGUUGACCUACCAAAGAGAUUUCUAGACAAAAUAAAACAGGGGAAACAAACAAAAAAAAAGGAUAAUGGAUCCAUGUUCAGUUGGAGUCCAGCUUCGGACCACACAUGACUGCCAUAAAACCUUCUACACUCGGCACACAGGUUUCAAGACUUUGCAAGAGUUGUCAUCAAAUGAUAUGCUUUUACUUCAGCUUAGGACUGGAAUGACACUUUCUGGCAAUAAUACAAUUUGUUUACAUCAUGUAAAAAUUUAUAUUGACAGAUUUGAGGAGUUACAAAAGUCGUGUUGUGACCCAUUUAACAUACACAAAAAGCUAGCCAAAAAGAAUCUGCAUGUAAUAGACUUAGAUGAUGCCACGUUUCUGAGUGCAAAGUUUGGAAGACAGCUGGUACCUGGUUGGAAGCUUUGCCCAAAAUGUACCCAGAUCAUCAAUGGAAGUGUGGAUGUUGAUCCUGAUGACCGCCAGAGACGGAAACCCGAGGCAGAUGGAAGAACUGCUAAAGCUCUGAGGUCCCUGCAGUUCACAAACCCGGGAAAGCAAACAGAAUUUGCUCCAGAAAGUGGUAAAAGGGAGAAAAGGAAGCUCACCAAGAACUCGAGUGCUGGCUCUGACAGACAAAUUAUUCCAGCAAAGAGUAAAGUCUACGACAGCCAGGGUCUGCUCAUUUUCAGUGGCAUGGACCUCUGUGACUGCCUUGAUGAAGACUGCCUGGGAUGCUUCUACGCCUGCCCCACCUGUGGCUCUACCAAAUGUGGGGCUGAAUGCCGCUGCGACCGCAAGUGGCUGUAUGAGCAAAUAGAAAUUGAAGGCGGAGAAAUAAUCCAUAAUAAACAUGCUGGCAAAGCAUAUGGUCUAUUAUCUCCCUGUCACCCAUAUGAUAUUUUACAAAAGUGAUCACCCAAAUAACUGGCCAGCAAAGAUGAAAGCACAGCAAAGAAGUGAGCAGUGACCAUUCUGGAAGUAAAUUUGGAUCGGUCGUAAAUGGAAUUGUAGACAACGGAGUAUUGAUGCCAUUGCUGUUCUGGAGACAGACAUGCGUCAGAGGAACCUGGUGAUGGGAACUUGCCUACCUUGCUGAGGAAAGUGGCUGUGACGAAAGGAAGAUUGCCCCAAGAAAAGUGAUGCUUCACAUUCAAGGCUACUUAUUGUAAAUAGAUACUUCACAACAUUGGAAUGGUCAGAAAGGUUCCUAUUUAAUAUGUUAUUAACAAAAUGGGCAAACAAUAUUCAGACUAAUUUUGGGCAAUAGAAUACAACUUCAGUUCUUAAUACACACACUUUAAUUUUCUUAUCCGUUUAUUGCUGCAAGUUUUUGAUAUCUUGAUGGAGAUUUAAAGGUCAUAGAAAUUCUCAUCCUCUUGAUUAUUAGCAUUUCUUUGGUGUUGUGACCCCCUCACUUUAUGCAAAUAGUCCCAGGCCAUAGCUGGGAACAGGGCCUAUGACACAGAAAAUUGAUCUCCAUGCAACAGAGUAGUUGAAUGUUACUAGACUGUUUUGAAAAUAACCUAGAUACCUAAGUGCUAAAAUACAUUUCUUUCUUCCAACUAGAAAUGAACACAAAUGAUUGUUACACUGUCAG